AUGAAGGAAAUCAUUGUCUCAUUCGCGCUGCUCUUGGUGACCAACUACGGAGCAACAGGUUCGAACCUACUUUAUUCGGACUUUUCGAUAAGCUCAAGUUUAAGCUGAUAAUCAUUGCAAGCAAGGUGAUGGUUUCUAUGCGGUCGGCUGUAGCCAGAAGUUUGUCCGAUGCGCUAAUGUAAGAAAACUCACAACGAGGAAGAAAGUGACAAAAAAAGUUCAGGGAAUCGAGUAUGAGUUUCCUUGUCCGGUGAAUCUCUACUUCGACAAUCGGUUGGCUAGAUGUGAAAUCAAGUCAAAAGUUUCGCUUUGCACGAAUCCGGAGAAAUGGGAGGGCAGAUACAUCAAGGCGAUGUGAGAAUUGAAAAAAAAGCUUUGAUGAAAAUAAUGCUGUAGAAAGUUCAACUGCGACCGCGUCAAAGACGGCACCUACGGACUCAAGGGAUGCAUGGACAUUUACUACAUGUGCAGCAACGGAAGACCUCAUCCGAGAAGGUUAAUAGGAAAAAAUGGAAACGAUUUCAUGAAAGACGAGUUCGACGCUUGUUUGUUGAAGUCACCUCGAAAAAAACAAAGAGCGCUUUUUUCAGAGUCAUAAAGGGGAAAGUGAUUUAUAAAUAAGUCACACUUCUAGUUCAAAGCUUCAGAACAAAUGUAAGAAUAUUUUUUUCCUCUUGAGGCUUUCAAAAAUUCAAGCAACUUUUCAAGUUUUUUUAAAAGAAAAAAAUUCAAAAUGGAAAAAGUUCGAGACGGAAAUAAAAAUGAAAUUAAGCUGUCCUUUCAAACAAUACUUCGACGUCAAAACAAAGGCAUGUAAUCAUCCGGAACUUGUUCCUGCGUGCAAAAACUUCAAAGAUGUCAGGUGAAUUUCACUUGGAAAAUACAAUCAAAUCUAAACUAUUUUGCAGUGGUAGACUUGAAGAUUACAAGUACGAGGAGGUAAGAAAAUAUUUCAAAAAUGAUGAAAGUCUGAGCUAUGAAAUUUAUGACUCGAAAAAUAAAAACAAAGCGAUGUACUUAACUUUAUGCGUCAUUAAAAUUGUACGAAUUCGCAUUUUUUUAAGACUUUGACGACCUCUCCCGAUCCAGUGAAAGAAAACAGCAGUGAGUUCAACGAUUUCUGAUACUUAGAAAGUUUGGAAAUCACAGCCAUCGACUGCUCGACGCUGGGAAAUGCGACAAUCGUCAAAAAGAACUGCACCUCAGAAUACUACAUCUGUACUAAUGAGCAGCUCUACAAAAAUACUUGUCCCCAUGUAAUUUAAAGAAAAUUGUUAGAAAAAUAAUAUUUCCAGGGUUUGCUCUAUGACAUCACCAGAGACUUGUGCGAUGAGCCAGAAGCCCUGAGCGAAUGUACAAAGAGCGAAGAUAGGUGGGAAAAUGAUUUUAAAAAAUUGGAAAUUAGGGCCACUAAGAAUAUCAAAAAUUUCCUCGUUAGAAAUUUUCGAAAGUUUCACAGAAAUUUUUUACCGUUCUAGUACUGCUAAGUCCAGAUGUAAGUUCAAAACUAUUUUUUUCUAUUGAUUUCGAAUUUUUGCUGAAAAAAAUUGACUUUAAAUUUCCACUCUGAAAAAGAUUUUCUAACUCCAUCUAACAAAGUUCAAGUUUCAAAAAAUUUCAUUUAACACGUGAUAAAAAUACAAAAAACAGGUCAACCUUGGAAAUAAUCACAUGUAAUUAGUGGACCUCAGCAGAAACCGAAAGAAAAACUCAAGAAAGCUCAGAACUGGAAAAGCUUAAUCUAUCAGAAGAUCUCUUUAGAAUCUUUUGUUUUGGCAAGCUAAUAAAUUUGAGCGGCGCGGAUUUUUGCACCAAAAGCGAUGGAGCCAUUCCUUCGAUUGUUUUGGUCAUAAAGAAUGACUAACUAAAAAAAAAGUUUUUUGAAAUCUAACGAGACGAUAAAAUCAAGAAACGUCCGUGAAAAUUUCGUCCCACAAACUUAUCAAAAAGUUCCCCUUAUCUUCUCUAAAAGCCAAAUUAUUUAUUAAUUGCAACCGAAACUAGAAGUUAACGGAAAAAAAUUCUCAGCGAAUACGGAAAAUGAUCUAACAAAAUUUUGAUAAUUCUUUUUCUGGUAUUGUUGAUUUAAUAAUAAACAAUUGAAAAAAACAAAAAUGCUUGUCGAAAAAAGUUUUACCGUUCAGCCAGUCAUACAUGGAUGUGUUGGAGUAUUCGUUCAACUGCAGCAAGAAGGUUUGAAAAAGAAAAGUGGAACGAAUCAUCAAAAAGAGAAGAUUUGUAGGAGGACGGUUUCUAUCCGCUUGGAGUUUGUCUUGGAAAGUUCGCGUCGUGCAACGGAGGCAAACGACGGGACGUCCUGUGCAACGACGGACUUCUCUACGACGCCAGGAUCAACGCCUGCGACUACCCUUUGGCCUGCAAGUCAGUGAAUCAGAAAAAAUGAGAAACUUUCAAUGUCAGAAAAUAAUAAAAUUUUUCCGAGAAACUAGGAAAGCUCAAUGUAAACUGUGAAAACAGAAAAAUUAUUUUCAACUGGAUGUCACAUUUCCUUGUCGAUUGCACCUCCGAAAGAGGAUUUUCAACUCUUAAAAAUAUGUAACAGAAUGAAAGACAAGCAAUUUGUGAAAAAAGACGACCAGAUCGUGGAAUGUAACAAAAAAGAGUUAAAAAACACGGCAUUUGAUUAGUCAAAGAUGAUAAGAACGACUAGUUUUUUGGACUUCAAUUUAGGACGUCUGAAAAAACUUUCAUGAACAUUCUUAGAUCGGAACGCUCGCAGCCGAAUGUGCCAGAUCUUUUUGGCCAUGGCGGUGCUACUGUGAAAGAGGUAGUGUGCAUUUCGAAAACAUAAGUUCUCUUGAAAUUCAGGCCAAUGAGACAGAAAAACCAAAAGUCGAUUGUACCGACAAAGGAGACGGGAUUUAUUCAGAAAAACCGUGUGCUCCUGUCUACACCAAAGUGAUAGCCUUGAGAAGUUUUUGACAACAAAUCGAAAUUUCAGUGUGCCAACAAACACGCCUACGUCAUGGAAUGUCCUUCCGGAUUGAAAUACAACCCAUGGAGCCAAUCCUGCGACUACGAAGAUCUAUGUGAAAAGUUUGUACCAUGAUGAUAUCGAAUCAGAAUGAGCCGUUGUUAAAGAGCGGCAAGCCAGGCGAACGAUCCGACAACGACUACAACCACGACCACAGCUGCACCGGAAAAAGAAACGUCUCAAAUUUCGUGUUCCUCACUUUUUUCAUAACAAGUUCAGCUUUUCCUGUGAAAAACUCGAGGAUGGACCUCAGGCGGCGGCUCCCUGUGAAACCAAGUACUACGUUUGCUACAAUCACCGACUUCAUGUCUUGAGGUGAACUGAAACCACUGGAAAGCUAUAAAAAAUCGACGAUCCCAAAAAAAGGUUGAAAAAAAGUGCCGGGUUUCGCAGUUAUCAAAAUUUUUGAUCUUUUGAAUGAAGAAAUUUGCGCUUUUUUUGAUAUUGCCGAACUUUCGCUUUUUCGAAAAAAAAAACCUGGAAUUCUUAGCAAAAUGCAUACAUUGAAGUGGAUCAACAUGAGUUUUAUAAAAAAAGUUUCUUUUAGCAAAAGAUGAAACGUUUUUUGUUCACCCAAAUAAACAUUAUUGAAGAUUAUUGAAAUUUCCUGGAAAGCUUGGAUCACAGUUUUGUUUUUCCAAAAGUGGCUUCGAUGUAUCUGUUCAGUCUUAUGUUUCGAAUAUAUUUAUAAUCACCACAUUAGAAAGCACCUCACCGUGACUUCAAAAGUAUCCCAAAGUCCAAAUAAGUGUCGUUAGGAGAAGUUAUAAUCAUUCGAAGAAAGUCAUAUUUCUAACUCAGAUGGUUUUUUUUUCCAGAUGUCCCUCAAACUUGGUAUUCAAUCCAUACAACUCGGAAUGCGAUCGCCCUGCGAGCGUUCCGGAAUGUCGCGCUGAUCUGAAGAAACCUGACACUCCAGUUUCAACUCCUAUAGGUGAGACUGUAUUUUUUUUCUUUUUAUGAUGGAUUUCAAAUUUUGAAAAAUGAAUGUCUUCAAAAUUUUUUUACAGAUCCUUUCUGUGAGAGACUUGCUGACGGACGCUAUGGAUUUGGCUGCAACUCCUUUUACUAUCAAUGCACGAACUUCGAAACUGAGAAGGUUUUUUGAUAGAGUGGGCGAAAGAAAAAAAAAAUUCAUUUCGAAAUUUGAUUAACCAUUUUCGAAAAAUCGUGAAAACUAGAGGACUCUGUUCAGAAAAAAAUUUUCCAAGAAAUAAUUCUUUUUAUAUCCAAAAGUGCAGACCGACUCUUAAUUUCCAUUCCGGUAUCUCAAAAAAAACCUUCUCAAAUUUUUAUCUGAUUUCCACGCAUAGAACCGUUGCGAGACGGGACUUUUCUACAACGCAGAGAGCCAAAUGUGCCAAAAAGCGAAGGAUGUUCCGGAGUGUGCCCGGUAAAGCAGAUCACUAAAGAUUUAAAAGAACAAAGACUUUUCAGCAACGAAAUCGGCCUGGAACAAGAAACUGAAGAAAACGCAGCGACGGUCGUCCCACCAACUACGCCAAAGACGUACUCUUCAGAAUCAUCCCCGGUAUAAAUGAAAAAAAAAUAAAUAGUGCAAGAUGGAAAUGUUAGGUCACAAUCAACUGCGAAUACAAACCGGAUGGAAUCUAUGCUCUACCAUUCUGCACGGAAAAAUAUGUUCAAUGCGUGGACAGUGAGUUAUUUUUGAAUUUCAAAAAAAACGCGAGCAAGAUUUGUAAGUUAAAUUCUCCAGCAAGAAAAAGCUCUGAUGAUAGAAAAUUCUAAAACUAAAGGACGGAAAAAUAACGGUCGUAGAAAAGGAAUUUCAUGUAAUUAGGUUAUUCAAAGACGCUAACAAAUUGAAAGGGGGUCCAAACAACUCAAAUCCGCUGACCAGGAAAAAUAAAUUUAGGCCGUCCCAUUGUUUCGGAAUGCGCACAAGGGCUCUUUUACAGUGAAGAAAGUGGUCUGUGCGACUACAAAGCAAAUGUUCCUAUUUGCAACAACAGGUAGUAAAAAAAAUUAAAAAAAAAAGGAAAAAAUGCUUGAAACAUCACAGACAUUCUGCUCCUCAAGGACCGCCCAGAUCUUCCUACGACAAUUCUCAUCGUAAGAGCUCUUUUUUACAUCUUAACUUCGAAGCCUCUUGAGACUUGCGAGGCGUCAGAUCGACGCCAAAAUAAAUUGGGGCCAUUGAAAUUAACGACAGCUGUCAUAACUCCAAAAUAACACUGCGAUUCAGAAGCGUUUUCCUGCGUUGGAAAAGCUGACGGCUACUUUUCGAUUGGAUGCUCCUCCACCUACUUCUCGUGUAUUGAAGGAAACUCGCAAAAGGUGAGAGAAAGGACAUAAUGAAGCAUGAUAGCAAAACUUGACUCUUGACUCGAAACUCUUUCUUUGAAGAUGAUGUGCCCCGCUGGCCUGAAGUUCUCCUCAUCGAGCAACAGAUGCGAGUAUGAAGACCACGUUCCUGAGUGCCACAGAGGAGCUCCAGCGUCCUCUCCGUAAUUUUUCGUACGUUUUUGAAAAAAACACUUGUGUACUUUAGCAAUGAGUAUAACUCGUGCACUGAGAAGGAAAAUGGCCUCUACAGCUUCGGAAAGUGCAGCCAGAGCUACGUCACUUGUUACAACGAAAGAAUGAUGGUCAGCGUGUUUUACAAAUAAUUUCCUUGAUAAAUUCAUUUGCAGGUCGGAAAGUGCGCUCCACCGUUGGUCUUCAACCCGGUCAACUCUCUCUGCGACUACAGAAGCAACAACAAGGAUUGCUAUUAA